GACCAAAGAACGCAGUUGGCUUCAGACUUAAACUGAAGACAUUACUAGACAACUUCUGAACAUAACGAAUACACACAAGGACCCCAGUCAUGGCAUCAGAGACCAUUGAAGUGGCAGCUCUGGGAAGACCUCUGUGUCCUGGUAUGCUGUAUGACUGCCGCAAGGAUGCCUUCAUUCCAGGUGUUACUCUGUGGGAUAAGUCGUCACUGAGUAAAAAUUUGGACACUCGUCCACAGCCCAUGACAGAUGUGAAGUUCAGCAGCUCCGACUCUCUCUCUGAUAAGUCCAGUCUCCUGGAUGUAAGUGCUUCCCUGAAGGCUAGUUUCUUGUGUGGGAUGGUGAAGGUAGGAGGAUCUGCCAAAUACCUGCAUGACACCAAAUCCUCAAACCAACAGUCCAGAGUUACAAUGAAUUACAGUGAAACCACAAGAUUUGUACAGCUGACCAUGUCCCAGCUGGGCCAGAUCACCUACCCUCAGGUGUUUGACCAGAAAACUGCGACUCAUGUGGUCACGGCUGUACUGUACGGAGCUCAGGCCUUCAUGGUGUUUGAUCGGACAUUUUCAGAAGAGGAAAACAAGCAAAAGAUUGAGGGAGAACUGAAUAUCAUGGUCAAGAAGAUCCCUGGAUUUUCCAUUAAGGGAAAAGGAGCUGUAGAUAUGACAGAUGGUGAUAAGGAAAUGGCUGAGAGAAUCUCCUGCACAUUUCAUGGUGACUUCCGCCUUGAUCAGAACCCCACCACUUUCAAAGAGGCCCUGGAGGUGUACAACACGCUCCCCGAUAUCCUGAAGGAGAAUCCACAGAAUGCAGUUCCAAUAAAAGUCUGGCUCUAUCCUCUUUCUAUACUGGAUACAAAAGCAGCUCAGUUGGUGAGAGAAAUCACCACACGUCUGGUUUCCAACACUGAAGAUAUAAUAGAGGAGCUGUUAGAGGCAGAGAGGACAUGCAACGACCUCUCCAGAAAACCACUGGUUAAUGUUUUCAGAGACAUCAAAGAGAGGCUCAGUUCAUUUCAGGGUUCUCUUAACAUUUACAAAAUGGCACUCGUGAAAGCUGUGGCCAAGGUCUUGCCUGAUAUACGAGGAGGAGAGAAGGAGGAAAAGUCACUGGAAGACAUCCUGAAGAUCCACUACAGCUCCCCUUUUAAAGCUGACAUGCUUAACCAGUGGUUAGAUCGUGCAAAGUCUGAACUUAACCUCUUGAGUUCUCACAGCAAGAUUCUGGAGGAAAUCAUAACUGAAGAUGCAGACAGUCUCAACACUAUCCUCCUUAAUCCUGAUAUUGAUGUUGUGGUGUGCUUGACCUUCACAUCUCUGAAGUAUGAAGACCCAUAUCUUUCAACCCUGAAGGAGUUUCUGGAAUCUGACAAGUUUAAAGAGCUAGAUGAGGGAAUGAAACUGUGUUCUUGCACGCUAGCAUCAGAAGAGUGGUUCAACAAGCCUGGUGUUGUCUCAAACAUGAGAAAGAACUUAUCUUUUUUUAAAAGUUUUUCAGAAGCUAACAAAGAUGAAGAGAGAUACCAAUUCAUUGUUUCUGCCAUUUCCGAUCCAUCCAGUCCAGGCUCCUCCAUCUAUCUGUAUGAAAAAGGGCAGCUGACAAACACACAGUUCCAGCACAACACUGAUCCCAAGACCAGAAGUGACUUCCUAAAAUAUUCCCUUCGGCUCACUCUGGAUCUGAACACAGUGAAUGAAUGCCUCCUUCUGUCUGAAAACAACACAGUGAUUACUAACACUGUCCCACCACAGUCGUAUCCUGAUCAUCCAGACAGAUUUGGUGAUGUUCAGCAGGUGUUGUGUAGAGAGAGUGUGUGUGAUCGACGCUGUUACUGGGAGAUUGAGUGGAGUGGAGAUGAUGUGUGUUUAGCAGUGUCAUAUAAGAGCAUCAGCAGGAAGGGAGGGGGUUAUGUGAUGUUGUUUGGAGGUAAUGAUCAGUCCUGGAGUUUGGAGUGCUCUCCUGACAGAUACUCAUUCAAAUUAUGUAACACAAGCAAUUAUCUCUUUGUACACCCCAUCAUCAGCAGAACAGUGAAUGGUGUGGAUCACUAUAGAGUAGGAGUGUAUGUGGAUCACAGAGCAGGAACUCUGUCCUUCUACAGCGUCUCUGGAGACACAAUGAUCUUCAUCUACACAGUCCAGAUCAAAUUCACUCUACCGCUCUAUCCUGGGUUUGGGAUUUAUGGUAAUGGAUCAUCAGUGAAACUGUGUUGAUGAACCUGAAAAGACUGUAUAGAUUCUACCCAUAAUGCUUUGAGCUCUUGAUAAAUCAGUGACUGUCACACACUGGCUUGACUAGAUGAUCCAAGACUUGAAUGUUCGCCGGUUCCCGCCUCCUUCCUCCCAGGUUUCGGCACCAAUGUAACAGUUCGUAUAUACGGGAAGAAGGAGGCGGGAACCGGC